AUGGUGGGGACCAACACAGUUUAUGCUGAGGUGUUAGAGAAAGCUCUCGAAGCUGAGUUGCUCGAAAAUGAUAUAAAGAAGGAGAAUGCUGCUAAGUGGGAAGCCCGAAGAAACAAUGGAGGAAAUCAAGAGAAUAAGAGAAAACACGAGGGAAAUCACGGUAAUGAUCGUGAUAAAAAGGGGAAAGCAGUGGUCCAAAAUAACAAUAAUGGGGUGAAAAGGUCCUAUGUAGAAUUUCCAAUUUGCCCCACAUGCAAUAGAAAACAUCUUGGGGAGUGUAAGAUGAAGUCAGGGGUGUGCUACAAUUGUGGGCAGCCAGGCCAUCUGAAGAAAAAUUGCCCAAAGGGACAAAAGAAGGAGAACCAAGCCGCUCCUGCUCGAGUGUUUGCUCUCACCAGAGGAGAAGCGGCCACAAGCAACACUGUUGUCUCAGGUCAGGUUUCUAUUUACGGAUUGCCUUGUAAUGUUCUCUUUGAUUCUGGAGCUACUCAUUCUUAUAUAGCUACUAGGUUGAUUGAUAGUAUAGAUAACCCGUGUGACCUACUUAGAUGUAGUAUUGUAACGGAAUUACCCUCGGGAGAAACCAUGCUAUCAACAAGAAGAAUGCGAGAUGUACCUAUCAUAAUCGAAAGCAAAGAACUCAUGGGCGACCUAAUAGAGCUGGGAAUAAAGGAAUAUAAUGUUAUACUUGGGAUGGAUUGGCUAUCUAGUCACGGUGCGACAAUCAAUUGCCGAAAGAAACUGAUCGCUUUUGAAACAAAGGCUGGGGAUCGGUUUAUAUUCAAGGGCGACAAGCUAGCCCUUAGGACUCCAUUAAUCUCUUCCCUAAAAGCUAGUCAGCUAAUGAAGGCGGGAUGCAUGGCAUUCUUGGCCAGCGUAGUGGAUCGAGCAAUAGAGACGCAACUAAAUGUGGAGAACGUGCACAUAGUCUGUGAAUUUCCAGAGGUCUUUCCAGAAGAUCUACCGGGACUACCUCCAGACAGAGAGGUGGAGUUCAUCAUCGAAUUAGCCCCAGGGACUAAUCCAAUUUCAAAGGCUCCAUACAGAAUGGCACCUAAUCAGCUAAAAGAGCUUAAAAUACAACUACAGGAGCUCUUAGACAAAGGGUUCAUUAGACCGAGUUACUCACCUUGGGGUGCGCCGGUACUCUUCGUCAAGAAGAAAGAUGGAAGUAUGAGGAUGUGCGUGGACUACCGUGAGCUCAACAAGGUGACCAUCAAGAAUAAGUAUCCUUUGCCAAGGAUUGACGAUCUCUUUGAUCAAUUGCAAGGCUCGGCUGUGUUCUCAAAGAUAAAUCUAAGAUCUGGGUAUCACCAGUUGAAGGUCCGGAAGGAAGACAUACCCAAGACAGCAUUCAGAACACGGUAUGGACACUAUGAGUUUUUAGUAAUGUCUUUCGGACUAACUAACGCCCCAGCAGCCUUCAUGGAUAUGAUGAAUAGGGUGUUCAAGGAGUACCUAGAUAAGUUUGUUGUUGUAUUCAUUAAUGACAUUCUUAUCUACUCCAAAACUAUGGAGGAACAUGAGGAACACCUAAGGAUGACUCUAAACCGACUUAAGGAGAACCAACUAUAUGCCAAAUUCAAGAAAUGUGAAUUCUGGUUAGAGAAGGUGGCAUUCCUAGGCCAUAUAGUUUCCAAAGAUGGAGUCGAGGUGGAUCCUACAAAGAUUGAAGCUGUAACACCCUAACUAACAUAGGCGUAUUACGUGAUUUUUAAACAUGCUGUGCAGCUCGUUGCUAAUCAACGAGGUUUAUGGAAAAACGUGAUUAAUUAAAAUUUUGAUUUUUAAUUAAACUUAUAAAACAAUAUUACAAAAGACUCGGGAUCCCGAUAAUAAAAUCAU